AUGACCAAUAUUUCACUGUUUUCGUUAUACGCAUCAAGGUGGGAGGCAACACCAAACCGGACCUACGGAUACUUCAGAAUCGAGGUUCUUGCCAUUUUUGCUUCCAUCCUGCUUACUUGGGCUCUCAAUGUGUGGAUUGUGUGUGAAGCAAUCAGAAGGCUCUGCCACCAGAACAGAGAAAUCAAAGGCCCUCUUAUGUUUGGAGUUGCUUGCUUUGGAGUCAUCGUCAACUCCGUAAUGGUCUUCCUUCUUGGCCAUGGUCAUCACGGACACUCCCAUGAUCAUGGUCAUGAUCACCAUACGGAGGAGGAUACGGAGGCCGAGGGAGAAACAAUGAAUAUAAAUGUACUAGGAGCAUAUCUUCAUGUUAUUGGAGAUCUACUCCAGAAUGUAGGAGUGAUGAUAAGUGUUGGACUUAUCUGGUGGAAGCCAAAACUGAAGAUCAUCGAUCUCAUCUGUACAUUCAUCUUCUCUGUACUGGCUUUGGUAAGAACCUUGAGUACCACGCGGAAGCUACUUGACAUUCUGAUGGAGACUGCUCCAAGAGAGAUCGAUCCUAGUAGACUCUCCGCAGGUCUAUGCGACAUGGAUGAAGUAACGGCGGUCCACGAGCUUCAUAUAUGGUCUAUAACAGUCGGGAAAGUCUCUCUAUCCUGUCAUGUUAGGAUCAAGCCUGAUGCAGACACAGACGCUACGCUUGACAAGGUGAUUGAGUAUAUUAAGAGAGAGCAUAAAAUCAAUCAUGUAACUAUUCAAGUAGAGAGGGAACAGAACCCUUAA